CCGUUGUUGUGCCAGUGCUGCUGCUACGUUGGGUGCAUCCGCGGAUUGCUCCUCCUGGGACAACCAGUAGCUCGGCCACUCUUGGUGAAGGUAAAGGAAGUAAGGGUGGCUGUAGUUUUGCUCGUCCCACGUCGAUGGCUAGUAGCGGCACCAAGGGGAGAAAGACGACGGUAGCAGAAGGACACGAACACGAGCACGCGCAAGGCGGCCUUUCUUUUCCCCUUUCCUCGCUUGUCCCAGCAUCAUCUAAAAUGCCCUUCCACGCUCAGCGGCUAUCAUUAUUAUGUCAAUCCAACGUCAGGAAGAUGAUCGUCCGCGACUCACUUUCCCCUCUCCUCCUCCAUCUCCUGCUCCUUCUCCUGACUCUCUCUGCCUCUGUUGUUGGUGCCUUGGGCGGUUUCUUGAUUCCUGAUGACUCGCCUCCUCCCAACUGCACCAUGUUUGAGUUUAAUUGCCUGAAUGGGAAGUGCAUUAACUACUUACAACGAUGCAAUGGAGACGACGAUUGCGGCGACGGAUCCGACGAACUGCGUUGCCCUGGCUGCAACCAAGGUGCUUUCUAUUGUCCAGUGACUUUUAAGUGCAUCCUUCUUGCGAAGAAAUGUGAUACGGUGAAGGAUUGCAUGGAAGGUAACGACGAGGAGAAUUGCAACACCUGCGGCGUCGUGGGCGGGGGGGGGGGGAUGAACAGCUCUGGGUACCUCUGCGGCAAUCGACGAUGUAUCCUGGCAAGCUGUAGAUGCGACGGCAAGAACGAUUGCGGGGACGGGACAGACGAGGAGAAUUGCAUAGCGUCGUCAUCGAUGGGAGGAGGGGCAGCAGCAGGCGUGGCGGGGAUGGGAGCGGGCGUCGUAGCGGUACAAGCCAAUCAGACAAACACGAGGAGCGGGGGAGGAAGGCCGUUGUUCGUUGGUGACGGCACUAGCAGUGGAAGAAGCCGGACGCAGCAGUCGCCAUCGUCCCUCGGGGAUGCCGAUGCUGGAGGAAGGGGGAGGAGGGAGGAGGCACUGGAAGCUACGGCGAAGUCUAAAGUUCAUGACCGAGAUGGGAAAAUGUCGGAGGCCGUCUUGGCCACUAUGGUUGUUGGGGCCAUCGUAAUAAUGGCAUCGGUAACGGGGGGGGUGUUAUCGAUUUGGUACCUGACCCAUCCGAGGAAGGGGGUACGGCAAGGAGGGGGUGGAGCGAUCCUGUCUCCUUCUGUGUCGUCUUGUUGCGGACAUCAUCAACGGUCGCCGGCAAGAGGCCCGUCGCCAUCGCGUCACGGAAGGGGGUCGGGAUGUGCAAACCAGGUGAGGAAGCCUCAACACUUGUCACCGGUACGAGGAGUACCAGUGUCCGCCGCGGCAGCAGCAGGAACGGUGCACAUGCCGGCGAGCGGCGGCUGCGGCGGCUGUGGCGGCUGCGGCACGAGAGAUCGACCCGUAGGGUCGUCUCCACCAAUUCCGUCUCCUCUUUCCUUACGCUCUUCUCCCCACGGUCUUCCCCUGCGCUCCCCUCCUCCUCUUCCGCCGCCUCCGCAUACUCCGCCGUCCUCUUUGACUAAUAACCCGCAUAUCGCUGCGAUUGCGGCGCGCAAUGCCGCGGAGAACGGCAUGGGCGGCGGUGAUAAUCAGCAGCAGCUCGGUGCGGACGCAGGCGAUGCUGCUGGCGGGCCGAGUCUGGUCCCGAUGUUCGCGCAGCCGCCGCCGUCAGGUCCUCCGCCGCCGCCUCCUCUGCCCGCGCGCUUGGCGAUGACAGACAUGCUUUGCGACAGCUGCGUGUCUGAAGAGGUUGCUUGUCUGCUCUUCACGCUUGACCAGCUUAAGGUGGCCACACGCGGCUUCGACUCGGGCAAUCUCUUGGGCAAGGGUCGGUUCGGCCACACGUAUAAGGGGGUUCUACCGGAUGGCUCGGAGAUCGCAGUUAAACGGCUGACAUUCAGAGAAGGGAUGCGUCAGGGCCGCUCUUUCAUCAAACAGGUGGAGGCAUUAGGCAUGAUGACCAACUCGUCUUUGACCAAACUGUGGGGAUGUUGCGUGGAUGAGGGGGAGAGAAUGCUGGUCUACGAGUACAUUGCUAACGGCAAUCUGCAUGACUUCAUGCAGCGGAGCAAGGAGGACGCUCACCUGCACCAGAUCCAGCAGCUUCCGCAUGUCGCGUCACCUUCCUCCCUUCCCCCUCCGCGCGCCUGCUCUUCCCCCUCCCGAGUUUCGCCUGACAACAAUGGCUUUGGCGGCGGCGGCGAAGGCCAGCAACGCUCUCGGCCCUCCUCCUUCUGCCUGCCUAGCAACCCGGCUUUGCUCAUCAGCAGCAGCUGGUUGGGACGUGUCGAAAUCGCGCUGGCCAUAGCCAAAGCUCUGAGAUGCUUGCAUGUGCAGCCUUCUGGUCUUGGGUUGGUGGGAGGAGGAAUGGGAGGAAAUGGACGAAGCUUCUGCCCCCUGGUGCAUGGCGCGCUUAAGGCAAAGAACGUGCUUGUAACGGAGCAAGGAGAAAUCAAGAUGGUUGAUUACGGUUUCCCGUGGCUCGCGGUUGAGGGCUACGAGUUGGGGGUAUUGUUCAGGAGCCUGCACGAUACAGACUAUCUGUCUCCAGAUUACGCCAGUGCCGGAAGGAUCGACCGAGGAAUUGACAUCUAUGGUCUAGGGGUGUUGAUUUUGGAGUUGAUAUCGGGAAGAACGGCAUGUGACCGGACGGUGCUUCCUGUGUCGAUAAUGAAAACGUCGAAGGAGGGGGGAGGAGGAGGAGGAGGAGGAGGAGGAGGAGGACAGAGGUCGAUCGUUGCUUGGGCGCGAGAGGUCCUCCAGAGCGACGAUGUGAUGGCCAUCUUGGAUGAGAGAAUCGAGGGUGUCGGGUCUUUCGACCGUGAGGCAGUUUGGAGGGUCACAGAAUGCGCGGUAACGUGUUGUGAGCCUUACGUGGCAAAUCGCCCUGGUCUUGACCGUAUCAUCAGCGAACUUUCGUUUGUGCUAGAAGGUCGCUGACCAAUUAAUUAAUUAAGUACACUAGUUAAUUAAUUGAUCAUCAAUGUAUCGAUUGAUCGAUCGAUCGAGCAGUGAUAAAUCCUACCUCCAGGU